AUGGCAGACGAUGUCGAUCUGCGCCAGGAAAUCCUCCAGCGAACUCUCCAGGAGGUAGCCCAUGAGGAGUUGGAGAGUGUGGCCAACCCUUGCGUCAUCUGCCUCGACUCCAUCACCGAGCCUGGCGUCGCAGUGCCCUGCAAUCAUGCGAACUUCGAUUUUCUGUGUCUUGUCAGCUGGCUGGAGCAGCGGCCGAACUGCCCACUCUGCAAGAGCGAACUGACCGCGGUACAAUAUGACUUGAAAUCACCCCAGGGUCCGAAGGUAUACAAACUACCACCCCGAAGUACGAAUCGACCUCCCUCUGGUUCUGCUACUCAACCGCGCCCGCCCUUUCGACGUGGCGCAAGACCGUCCCGACGAGUUCAUCCAAACCUACAACCCCCGCGGCCUGACGAUCCACUCCUGCGCCGCCGCAAUGUAUACCGCAACCAACUAUAUUCCCUGCGCGUGGGAUCCAACCGCCUAUCUCAGUAUCGUGAGCUGACACCGGACCUAUUCAACCGCGACGAGGCGCUCGUUUCGCGCGCUCGAAAGUGGAUCCGCCGAGAACUGCGCGUCUUCAGCUUUCUGAACCCCGAAACAGAGGAAGAAGAGCAGCGCCAGGGCCAGGUAUCUCGGCCGGGACAACAACGGUUGGAGAAUCGCAGGGCGAACAACGCUGAGUUCCUGCUGGAGUAUAUCGUCGCUAUCCUCCGCACUGUCGAUAUGAAGGGUAGUGCUGGGCAAGCCGAGGAGCUGUUGCGAGAUUUUAUUGGGCGUGAUAAUGCUCGUUUGUUCCUGCAUGAGCUGCAGGCGUGGUUGAGAAGUCCGUAUAUCUCUCUUGAAGACUGGGAUCGGCAUGUCCAAUAUCCCAGUUCCCCGCCGAACCCCCUGACAGCGGACCGCGGGAGUCUGGUGGGUUGCCUCGGGGGCGACACCGGGUUCCCGCCGGGAUAG